AUCAUUAUCUGUCAGCGUUGAUAUCCAAUUUAUACUUAUAUUAGUAUAAAGAAAGUCAGUGUUUGCAUGCCAUGCCAUGGAUAGUUUAACAUACAGUGUAUUGCUGUGUAUUCAGGCUUUGUGUCUAGGCGCAUCAAACGUUACGUUAGAGAAAACGUUAUUAGGGACAGCUCCAAUACGACAUGAGCUGUUGUGUUCCUGGCUCUUUGAGCCCACCGACUUUGCCAUAUUCAGAAAGAAUCAGUCGGGGACUUUCAAAGAUAUCGUAUUUAUAUCAAAUGACUGCACGUUUAUACCAUCGACUUUUCCAAAUGGCAUGACGUGUGGCUGCAUAAACUCGACUUUGGCGCGAUGCAAUAUUACACAGACGUUGGACAGUGAUAAUGUUGAGGAGUGGAUGUGUGUAGUUCCUUACCAAGGACGAACACAAAAUAGCAAUGUUAUCCCUAUAAUUUAUACAGAAAUCCGUACGUCGUUGAUACAAGCAAAUGACCACGGGACAACAACUAAAACACAUCCGGCGACAGUCACAAGUUUCUACAUAAACGAAAUGCAAGAGGAAUUUAAUGUGACACUCAUAGAAAGUGGCAAUAGAAGUAUUAAUUGCGUUGGCGAUGGAAAACCCGAUCCAACGCUUGCAUUGAUAAAACAUUCUGCAGAAGACGAACACAACACGACGUUAUACACCGUCAAUAGCACUCAUCUGCGUUACAAUACUUCACUUGGCAGCCAGAAUUCUGGGCAAUAUACUUGCGUAUCUUCCAACCGUUAUGGAAAAGAUUAUAGAACAAUACAUUUAAUUAUUAAAACGUUAGAAGAUAUUGGUAAUAUAAUGCAAUGGUCUUCGGUAACACCCACUGAAACAGCAGUUCGCUUACAAUGGACUCUCCAUGACAAUACGUUGAUGCACUUAGUGGACAACAGCACUUGCUAUGUAGUUUACAAGACUAAGGGAGAAACAGAAUGGACCAAUAUUAUCAAAGAGCUCAACAAGACGGUUACGCAGACGACAUUAAUUCUGGAUCUCCAACUGAACAACCUGCGUCCUCAUACUCAGUAUGAAGUUCAACUGAUCGCACAGUUACCGUCCGCCAAUUACGCAAUCGCACCAAUCGUAAUGUUCAAGACAUUGUCGUGUAAGUAUGGCGUUAGUGUUCGUGUGUAUAGGUUAAUUGACUAUUGACUUUUUACAUCAUUUUCUAAUGAUAAAUGCUAUUAAACAUGUUACAGCUAAGUGUUUGAUGCAAUAUAAUAAGGACCUUCUUAUUGUAAACGUUCAUGUUAAAAUCGAAAAAUACACGCAUUUAAUUAAAAACAUAUUAAAGAAUGAUAAAAUCGAUAAAUAAAGAAUUAAGGAGUACGAAGAUUUUUUAUCUUUCGAAAGGCGAAUAUGAAGCCAUUUGUUCGUUUUUCACGUAUAUUGCUG